AUGCUUUCUUUUGAAAAGAAAUCAACAAUCGGAAGUAUUUCUCGUGUUCUUCCGGCGGAACACAGGUCAUCAAGAGAGUCGACAUUUUGUUCGCUCCUGAGCAAAAUAAACCGUCGAAGGUUGUCUCAAGGCAACUUGUUUAUAAUCAGCGGUAUUCUCUGUCGCCUGACAGUUGCCGGCUGCCGUCAUGUGGUACGAGAUCUGCCGGGCGUCGGCGUCAUGUUCGUGGCUCUGAUCGUUCCGGGCAUAGCAACCACUCACAUACACAUCACCAACGGAGGAAAGGAAAAGAGAGUCGCUCGUUUUCCGUGGCACUGGUAUCUGAUGGAGAGAGACAGGCGCGUGUCGGGAACCGGACAGUAUUAUGACUCCAAGGGACUCGAGAACAUCCACUGACGAACAGAAGCAUGAAAAACCUGAUGAGAAGGAAGUUGGACAUUAAAAGAUUAUAUCUAACAUGCAGCUGUUUAUUUUGUUUAGUCUUUUAAGGCAGUCGUCCCGGUUACCUAUUAAACUGUUCCCACCUGCAAAUCUUCCGAGUUGAAUUCAAAAGGCAACAAACAAGAGAUUGGUGCUUAAAUCAAAUAAGCGUUUUACACGUUUAUACUGUCGCUGGUAUGUCACCUGUACAGGUGACAAUCCAGUGUUGUUCUCAGGAGAUAUAUCUAAUGGAUAAUGUUUUAUCCUGUAAUGUAGUUGGGAUGCAUCUGAAAAGUCUCCUGGUCAAACGGCUGCUUCACAGCCAUUGAAAGACUCCAUUAUAAUUGAAUUGAGUGAAGUAACAGUCUGCCAUUAUAAAUAAGAAAAUACUUAAUCGUAAGAAACUGCUACUCUGUUUUAUCAUUGUUCGGGGAAUGUCUUUAAGACUAUUAAAGACGUCACCUUGAGUUUUGAGGUGUGAUGUGCAUUUUUCAGAAUUUCUCAGUAAAGACUCAAUCCACCCACAGAA